AUGAGCAAUAAUAUUCCUACUUCACGUCCUAGACCUUUAUCAGAACAAUGGAAGACAUCUUCAAAUGAUAGUUGGAAGACAUCUAGUUCAAGUUUAAACAGUAAUAAAAGCCUCGAAACAUGGAAAAUGUCUACAAAACCUCGUCAUGCUCAAUUACACACCAUGGAGGAUCCAAGAACAAAACGACAGUCUGCAACUCCGACCAUGAUGAAUAAUUCUCCUUGGCCAAGCAAGCCAUUACCGCAAGAACCCAUUGAGCCUUUUAAUGUCAUAUUACCUCCACAGACAGAAGGAUAUGCUCCUUUUCAUUUGAAUAAGCCUGUUCAUUCACAAUAUCCUCCUGUUCAUUAUUCUUAUGAUACCUAUCCAGCGCUAGAUUAUACUCCUCCUAUGAAUCAAACGAUUGAACAUCCACCUCAUAUGAACCAUACUGUAGAGUAUGCGCCGCAUAUGAGUUACUAUCCACCACCACAGAUAAAUAUGGAAACACAAGAACCACCUAUGAAUUAUUAUCCAUCGCGAGUGGAUAAAAAAGACCCACCAAAACCAACAGAGAUCAAAAAGAAAGACAAACCAGAAAAAAAAGUACGCCAAAUUACAGUCCAGUCCAUUAAUGCAGAACAUCGUGUCUGGAUUGAUGUGCUGCCUUCAGAGACAGGUCUUUCUUUAGCAGAAAAAAUUCAUGUCAUUGCUACUUUUCGAACUCGAAAGAUUGUUUCAAUUACAACUGCAUCGGGUAGAAAAAUUCCUCUUGACAAUCGUCCUGUCUUUGGCAGUUGGAUGGACAUGGAAGAUUUUGUAGAUGGAGAAAGAUGGUCAGUAGAGUGGCGAGAGAAUGAUAGAGGUGUGGUUGAUAAGUUACUGUCGAAAAUGGUGCAGGCAAGUGGUGGGAAGCGCAAAGAUCAUGUAGCAAAAUAA